UGAGAAUCGUAUAGUGUCAUUGACGACUUCGCAAGGCAAACUCUAACCGAAAUCAUACUUUUUGGUUACUCGUUUUAAAUUGUUUUUUCGUCGCGACAAACGCGUCUCGACAACAUACAUAAAUAUAUUUUUCGAGUUAUUUAUCCCAUCCGACUACACACUCCGGUUCGUUUAAGCUAUUUACGUCUCCUACGUCGGCCAACGAUUGAAAAUAUUUUAUACGAUCGGUAUAUUAUAACCGACAACAUGUGGCGGCGAGAGAAUAACGGAAAUGCGCCGCGGAAGGCGUUGUUCGCCGCUGCGGUGCUGUUGAUCGGACUGGCGGUCGUGGACAACGUCGGAGCGUCCACCAAGUACACGCUGCUCAGCAAGAACAAAAUCGAAGUGUCCGAGUCGAGGGUGACGUGCAAGAACGGCAACUCCGUGUCGGUGACCACGGGCGUGAAGGGCGAGCUGUACGAGCUGUCGUCGACCAGGACGAAUUUCUCGGGCGACAAGUGGAAGAGGCGCAUGGCCGAGCUGGACAGGGAACCGGACGACGAACAGGGGCACGUGGUGGCUUCCGUUUUCGGCGGGCCCAUCGAGACGUGGAACCUGGUGCCGCAGCACCGGAGCGUCAACAGGAAGAUCAACGCUCAGAGCAGCUUGCUGAACCGCUGGGACGAGUUCGAGAAGUGGACGCGCGAACAGCUGGGCAAAAAGAACGGCGCGCCCGUCAAGUUCGCCAUCAAGAUUAAGUACGCGACCAAAAACGGAUGCAGGCCCAUCGGUUUCGAGAUCGACGCGUCCAGCAAGGCCGGGCCCGGUUUCCAGGGGAAUUUCGACAACGGCCCGUACGGGUCGUUCGCCGUCACCAGCAGACCAAGGAAGAAGCCGUAAACACUCGAUCGAAAUCGGAAGCAGGAAGCGCGGGACCUUGAUGGAUCGGCCUACUGGUUCGUCCGUCGUUAUAUUAUAAUAUGUCAUAUAUAUAUCAUACACUAUAUUUAUAAUUAUUAUUAUAUUAUUUUAUAUUAUUUACGUUUCAAUAUUAUAUUAUAAUAUAUCAAAUAACGAUAACAAACAAUAAAUCAAUCGCGUAACGGAAAUAAUUAACAUAUUUUAUAAUAUUAAUAAUACUUUAAGGCUCGAGAAUGUGGUAUAGGUGUACAAAUAUACAUUUUAUAUUUAUAUAAGUAGUCGCGGACUUCGAAUAAUAAUAAUAAUUAUGUUAUUCGACUUUUAUUUCAUCAUAUUUUGUAUAAUAAACACAGCACUGCGAAAAUUUUA